AUGUACUUUUGCUAUUCACUUCUGAAAAGGAGCAACAUUCUGGAAUAUAGAACAACUACCCAAGGAGAUCCACAGUCGGAGCGCUAUGGAUGCCUUCCCUCCAGAGAAGCUGUACCCAUACACCGUGUCCAGACCCAUCUACUCCAACCCCAUGUUUGAGGAGGACAACAAGAGGCAGGCCCGGGAGGAGAGGACCCUGAGGGACAGAGUCAGCCGCACCUGUGGCUGCUCAGGUAGGCAGGCCCUGAAGGUUGUGAAAGGAGUCUUUCCUGUCAUUGACUGGCUCUCCAGAUACCCAAUAAGAGAGUGGCUUCCCAGUGAUGUCAUCUCUGGUGUUAGCACUGGUCUGGUGUGCAGCUUACAAGGCCUGGCCUAUGCCCUGCUUGUGUCCGUGGCUCCAGUCUAUGGACUCUACUCUGCCUUCUUCCCCAUCCUCACCUACUUCCUGCUGGGCACCUCCAGACACAUCUCUGUAGGUCCGUUCCCUGUCACCUGUCUAAUGGUGGGCUCCGUCGUGUUGACCCUCGCCCCCGAUGACCACUUCCUGCUUCCUGGGAAUGGCACCGGUAUGAAUGGAACAGAGGCUGAUGGGAUUGUGGUGGACGUGGAGGCUAUGGAGGCCCAGAGGAUCAUGGUGGCGUCCUCCAUGACUGUGCUGGUCGGGCUGUUCCAGGUGGUAAUGGGGCUGCUCCAGGUGGGCUUCCUGGUCCGUUACCUGUCAGACCCCCUGGUGGGCGGCUUCACCACAGCCGCUGCCUUCCACGUCCUCAUCUCCCAGCUGAAGAUAGUCCUCUCCGUCCCCACUAACAACCACAGCGGCUGCUUCUCCAUCCUCUACGUGAGGACGCUCAUCGACGUGUUUACCAACAUCAGACAGACCAACAGAGCUGACCUGGUGGCCGGGCUGCUCACCAUUGUCAUCGUCAUGGCUGUAAAAGAGGUCAACUCCAAAUUCCGGCACAAGAUUCCCAUCCCCAUCCCCAUCGAAGUGAUUGUGACCGUGGUUGCCGCUGGGAUCUCCUACGCCAUCGAGCUGGAGUCUCGCUACGGUGCCAGCAUUGUGCACAGCAUCCCCAGGGGGUUUGCUCCAGCUCAGCCUCCCAACACAGAGCUGCUGUGGAACAUUCUGGGCUCCAGCUUCUCUACAGCGGUAGUGGGCUAUGCAGUAGCUGUCUCUGUGGCCAAGGUCUACGCUGCAAAACACGACUACACCAUCGAUGGCAAUCAGGAGCUGAUAGCGUUCGGGUUCAGCAAUGUGUUCUGUGGCUGCUUCUCCGGCUUUGUGGCAAGCACUGCACUGUCCCGCACCGCUGUACAGGAGAGCACCGGCGGCAAGAGUCAGGUGGCUGGUAUAAUCUCAGCUGUGAUGGUAAUGAUUGUGAUCCUGGCUCUCGGGAACCUCUUGGAACCCCUGCAGAAGUCAGUGCUGGCAGCCAUCGUCAUCGCCAACCUGAAGGGAAUGUUCAUGCAGGUGACAGAGGUGCCCACACUGUGGAGACAGAACAGAGCAGACUGUUUCAUCUGGCUGGCGACCUGCCUGGCUUCUGUAGUGUUGGGACUAGACGUGGGACUGCUGGCUGGCCUGGUGUUUGAGAUGGGAACUGUGGUGGUCCGGACACAGUUUCCUGCAUGCUCUACACUUGGAAACAUACCCGGCACAAACAUAUACAGGAACAUGAAAGACUACAAGAAUAUUGCAGAAGUUCCCGGAAUUAAGAUUUUUAAGUGCAAUGCUCCCAUCUACUUUGCCAACAUUGACUACUUCAAAGAGCGAUUGAGAGCCACGGUGGGGUUUGACUCUGUCAGAGUGUUCAAGAAGAGGAAUAAGGCCCUCAAGAAGAUUCACAAACUCAUAAAGAAAGGGAAACUGAGGGCGACAGAGACCGGGGAGGUGGUAUCCGAGGUCUCCCUGGGUGUCGACAACAAGGGCUUCGAGAGCGAGCAGGACAGUGGGCGGGAGUCCGGGCAGCUGGAGGACGGGGAUUGGCCUGUGCCAGAGGUGGAGGUCCGUGUGGAUUGGGCCUUGGACCUGCCAGUCAGGGUGUCGGUACCUAAGGUCCAGAUCCACAGCCUGGUACUGGACUUCUCAGCCGUGUCCUUCCUAGACGUGGUGGCCGUCAAGUCCCUCAGACUGGUCAUUAAAGAGUUCCUACGCAUCGGAGUCAAUGUCUACAUCGCAGGCUGUGACGAUGAAAUUGUACGGAAAAUGGAAGCAUUGUCCUUCUUCGAUGAGGAGGUGACACGAGAUCUCCUCUUUCUCUCUGUCCACGAUGCCAUCCUCUUCAUCAAACUGGAGACAGCCAAUGGGAGCAUGCAGGAUGCCAUGGUUGAGGGGCUUUCUCUAAUGCAGGAUUGCAAGGAGCCACCGCCUUUCACUGAGGAAGAGGACCUGAUUGAGACCUAUGACAACCAGCAUAGAGCAAUCCAUGGACUCUCCAACUAACACAGAUACGCAGAAGAGCUGACCCUGCAUCUGUGUUCUCUGUGAACGGAGGAUCAACCAGUAUAAAUUACUUUCCAUAAGGGACCACGUUCAAAUCAGGGGACACUGACAAUGGAUUUUCCCCAGACUACGGCUCAAACUCAGGGGAAGCUGCUCUUAGCCAACUGAGUGUAACUUUAGACUUUGGAGUGGACUAAGAGGGUGAUUUGAGGCAGCCGAUCAUUGAUAUCUCUCUUUAACAGCCGUAAAGUGUCUUAAUUAUAUCAAUGAAUAAUAAACUGAUUUGUAUUAUUGUAAA